UCCCCCAUCCCCAAAGCCUCCUGGUCUGAAGUGAGCCCCUGCUAAGGCUAUGAAGCUCGUGCGGAAGGAUAUCGAGAAGGACAAUGCGGGCCAGGUCACCCUCGUCCCCGAGGAGCCCGAGGACAUGUGGCACACCUACAAUUUAGUGCAGGUGGGCGACAGCCUGCGCGCCUCCACCAUCCGCAAGGUCCAGACCGAGUCCUCCACGGGCAGCGUGGGCAGCAACCGUGUGCGCACCACCCUCACUCUCUGCGUGGAGGCCAUCGACUUUGACUCUCAGGCCUGCCAGCUGCGGGUGAAGGGGACCAACAUCCAAGAGAAUGAAUUUGUCAAGAUGGGAGCUUACCACACCAUCGAACUGGAGCCCAACCGCCAGUUCACCCUGGCCAAGAAACAGUGGGACAGUGUGGUUCUGGAACGCAUCGAGCAGGCUUGUGACCCAGCCUGGAGCGCCGAUGUGGCAGCCGUGGUCAUGCAGGAGGGCCUGGCUCACGUCUGCUUAGUCACGCCCAGCAUGACCCUCACCCGGGCCAAGGUGGAGGUGAACAUCCCCAGGAAGCGGAAAGGCAACUGCUCGCAGCACGACCGGGCCCUGGAGAGGUUCUACGAACAGGUGGUCCAGGCCAUCCACCGCCACAUCAACUUUGACGUGGUCAAGUGCGUGCUGGUGGCCAGCCCAGGGUUUGUUCGAGAGCAGUUCUGCGACUAUAUGUUUCAGCAGGCGGUGAAGACGGACAACAAAGUGCUCCUGGAAAACCGCUCCAAAUUCCUUCAGGUACACGCCUCCUCUGGACACAAGUACUCCCUGAAGGAGGCCCUUUGUGACCCUACUGUGGCUAGCCGCCUGUCAGACACGAAAGCUGCCGGGGAAGUAAAGGCCUUGGAUGACUUCUAUAAAAUGUUACAGCACGAACCAGACCGAGCCUUCUAUGGCCUCAAGCAGGUAGAGAGGGCCAACGAAGCCUUAGCCAUCGACACCUUGCUCAUCAGCGAUGAGCUCUUCCGCCAUCAAGAUGUGGCCACCCGGAGCCGGUACGUCAGGCUGGUGGACAGCGUGAAGGAUAAUGCCGGCACUGUUCGGAUAUUCUCCAGUCUCCACGUGUCCGGGGAACAGCUUGGCCAGUUGACGGGAGUAGCUGCCAUUCUCCGCUUCCCUGUGCCAGAACUUUCUGACCAAGAGGAUGAUUCAAGUUCUGAAGAGGAUUGAGACUUGACAUUUUAACAGUUCCUCCUCCUCCUCUG